CGUCGGACGGCCGCCGGGACGGAAGCCGAGAGGCGCUGCCGACCGCGCCUGCGACAGCGUCAGCCCUUCGCGGAGCGCCGGCCCGAUGGCGGCGGCGGCGAUGGCCGAGCAGGAGAGUGCCCGGAACGGCGCCCGGAAUCGCGGCGGUGUCCAGCGCGUGGAGGGCAAGUUGCGCGCCAGCGUCGAGAAGGGUGACUACUACGAGGCGCACCAGAUGUACCGGACCCUGUUCUUCAGGUACAUGUCACAGAGCAAGCACACGGAGGCGCGGGAGCUCAUGUGCUCGGGGGCACUCCUCUUCUUCAGCCACGGCCAACAAAACAGCGCCGCGGACUUGUCCAUGUUGGUCUUAGAGUCGCUGGAGAAGGCGGAAGUCGAGGUGGCCGCUGACCUGUUGGAAAAUCUGGCUAAACUGUUCAGUCUGAUGGACCCGAAUUCCCCAGAGCGAGUGGCUUUUGUGUCUCGAGCCCUGAAGUGGUCCAGUGGAGGAUCAGGGAAGCUGGGCCACCCCCGUCUCCACCAGCUGCUGGCCCUCACCCUGUGGAAAGAGCAGAACUACUGCGAGUCCCGGUACCACUUCCUGCACUCGGCGGACGGCGAGGGCUGUGCGCACAUGCUGGUGGAGUACUCCACGUCCAGGGGCUUCCGCAGCGAGGUGGAUAUGUUCGUGGCCCAGGCCGUGCUACAGUUUCUCUGUUUAAAGAACAAAAGCAGCGCGUCAGUGGUGUUCACAACGUACACGCAGAAACACCCGUCCAUCGAGAACGGCCCUCCGUUUGUGCAGCCUCUGCUGAAUUUCAUCUGGUUUCUGCUGUUGGCUGUAGAUGGGGGCAAACUGACCGUGUUCACGGUGCUGUGUGAGCAGUACCAGCCGUCCCUCCGGCGGGACCCCAUGUACAAUGAGUACCUGGACCGGAUAGGACAGCUGUUCUUUGGGGUGCCGCCCAAGCAGACGUCUUCGGAGGGGGGCUUGCGGGGGAACCUUCUGAGCAGCCUCAUGGGCGCCUCGGAGCAGGAGGGCGAGGACAGUCAGGACGACAGCAGCCCCAUCGAGCUCGACUGACCCCGCCUGGCGGCCCGCACGAAGCCGCCCCGAGCCCGGGCCCCCGCGCCCGGGGGCUCCCGGUCCGCGGCUGCCGUGGCCGCGUUGGCGUCUGCGCGCCCGCCCCGGGCUGCGCCUCCGCCGCGGCUGUGCUGGCUGGGCCGCGCUGCACCUCCAGACUGACCACAAUAAAGCACGGGCCUUGCCGCGCUCCCACCCUC